UGAAUGCCGCUGUGCUGUUUGGUGUUCAAUGAGACAGCUAUGAGGGCCGACUUUUGUACUACAUGUACCACGAAGAGACAACAUCUGACGACUGACGCGAAAUCAGCAAUGGCCAUCCCACAAACUUGUCUCCGACGGUGGCAUUGGGUGAUCACGCUGGCAACAUUCACGCUGUAUUUCCUCGUUCUUGGACCGAUGUUCAAUUUCAGCAUAUUGUAUUUAAGUCUUCAGGGCGAAUUCAAGUCCGCUGCGGCAAUAACAGGUUGGUUGGGGUCUUUAUCGGCCGCCUUAGCCCGACUCUUCAGUCCCGUCACCGUUCUGCUCGAGCAGAGGCUAAGCAAGAGGGCAGUCACGCUGAUUGGGCUCGUGUUGUACUGCACAGGACUGUUGACGACGUCAUUCGUACCGGCCCUAGGCUACGCCUUCAUAACGUACGGAGUCCUAUCGGGUGUUGGCGCCAAUCUCACGCUUCAUUCAUCGCUUCAACUGUUGCUGGAAUGGUUUGCGAAAGGCAACUUCGCCCGUGCGAGUGCAAUCGCUUUGUUGGGAUCCACGGGCGGUUUGCUCGCCUUCAGCCCAUUACUGACAGUACUUAUAACUAACUGUGGGUGGCGCAAUGCACUGAGAGUUCUCAGCGGAGGGAUAUUCGUGGUGGGCAUCGCCGACGGAUUGCUUCUGACCGAUCCCCCGACUACAGAGGACAUCUUCCCGCGGCAAAAUAGAUCCGAGGACACGGAACAGAAUGAACACGAUAUGCAAAACGUACGGAAACGGGAACGGGCCGACGAGAGUUGUGAACAGGAGAACGAGGGAAAGGAAAGGACUGAGCUGCUAGAUGACGCCAUCGUGUCAAGCCACGAGGGUUCAAAUACCAAGCCCGAUUGGUGUGAAGUGUGGAGAAUGAUGCAAAGUCUGGAGUUAUGGUUGUGGUCUGUUGCCAAUUUCCUCACGUUCUUGGGAUGGACAUUUUUCGACAUCAAUUUUGCCAGUUACAUGGACGGCCUAAAUCUCCAUAGCAACCAGAUCUCCUACGUCAUUAUGGGCUUCGCCGGUGGGGAAAUUGGCGGGAAAUUGCUCAUUGCGUUGCUAGGAGGUCGUCUGCCGUUCAAGUAUCUGUAUGUCGUAGUAUCCUCGUGUCUUCUUGCAGCCGUUCCUCUGGGAUUGAUGACCAUUGUCAAAACGUUCGCUGCAAUAAUGCCGAUUGCAGUAGCAUCUGGUUUUCUGCGAUCGGGAGCGUAUGGAGUACUGUAUGCCGCGGGCGCAGAAUUGUUCUUGGAGAAGUAUGGACCCAGUACCGUCAUGGUUCUAACUUUGGUCCCACCGGGGUUCGGGAUCCUAGUCAGUGCUCCUUUAUCAGGUUCACUGUUUGAUGUCACUGGGAGCUAUUUCGCCAGUCUUCUCGUCAUCGCCGCCAUCUUUGUUUGCGCUUCGGCGGCAUUUCUGUUCAUUCCAGUGCGGAGAAAGAUUCGGUCAGGUGGUUCAUGUUACUCAUCCGCAUCACGUGAUCAGCAACAUGAGUUACAAUAUCCUGAGGGUCAAUGCAAUCAGGUGACAAUGUAAGCUGAACAUUAGUGUGUCAGAAAACUAAAUUCAAAGGCAAGGAAGCGAAGCCACUGCACAGGAUUUGUUUUCCCAAAAUAUUGUAUUCAAUCUUUCACAAUUAUUAGUCGUCAUAUAAGUAGCUCUGCUUAUUUAAUUUCACGUUGAGAUGGAUAUAAGUAUAACCUGUUUGCAUUCCAUGUCAAUUUCAUGAACAGCGCCCCCUAGAAUAUCGUGAUGCCUGCCCCCCCCCCCCUCCCAUUUCCACGGCGCGCAAUUUCUUGAUUUUGCGGUCUGGUCAUCCCCCAUUUCCACCGCUCGUCGACACGGAUUUACGCCACUGAUUUUGGGCACACAUCCAUUAUUUUAGUUUGUCUCGAUCGUUUUAUCGCCAUGAAUAUUCGUGAAUAGAAUGGACGGUACAGUGCAUCACCACGUGAUGCACUCUCGUCUAAUCAGGAGACAAAAUUAUGGGAGCGGGGAUACAUUUCAUAAUUUGGGGUAGGAAAAAAAGGAAUUACAAAGAUACCAUGCCAUCAAUUCAAACUCUGGUCACUUUUUUUUCUGUGUUAUGUUGGCCAAAACAGUCGAAGCAGUAACUUGAAGUGCUUUACUUAUAUAUAUUAUAAAAUACCUCAUUCAAUGAAUGAACAUAUAUGUGCCGCCUUUAAAGCGCUGGUUGGCAUGAUAAUUGUACAUGUACAUGUAUCGGCUACACUUAAAGUCACAAUAAAGCAUAUUCACUUUCUCUACUUUUUGACAACACGAAAAAUAAAACAGAUGCAUGUUCAGCUCAGAAAAAGUCUUGAUCGUUUUUCUAAUCUGACGGCGGUGCUAAUUACGCAUAUUAUACUCAGACACGGAAACUUAAGUCUGGCCACUUGUUUUGGGCUUUAUAUUUAUCAGAUCCUUCUUCAAAAUACAAUAAGACGUGACCUGCCUAUGCUGAUUGAUGUUGCGGGGAAUCGAGCUAUCCAUCCAUUUAUAAGAAUGUCA